AUGCCGAUAUGUAUAUCAUGCUUAACAGAUCUCGAUCUGAGUACGCAAAUAAGAUGUACGAAAUGCUCUAGAGGAUGCCACAGCAUGUGUGCGAAUCUCAAACCAGAUGUCACACCCGACUCUUGGACAUGCCCACCUUGCUUGCGCCGGGAUCAACGCGGAGAAAAUACCUCACCAGACAAGGUACACGCCUCUAGUAAUCGCCGCAACAAGGAAUCGGGUCUCGUCGAUCGCUGUGUAUCGAAAGAGGAUUUACAAAAAUUUAUCACAGACGGCAUUGGCCAAGCUUUGGAUUGCAGAUUGGCCCACCUUGAAAACAAGCUCAUCGAAAGCUUAAAGUCUUCCCUGUUUAUUGAAAUUAGGGAAGAAAUUAAGUCAAUCAUUACCCCAUUCCUUAAGGAGGCGGAGUGCCUUAGGGAAGAAGUCAAUAAAUUAAAAAAUGAUAUACAAGUGAAUAAUUCCUAUAUUGAAGAACUGCGCUCACAGAUGAAUAAGCAACAACAAUGGAACAGAAUUAAUAAUUUGGAAAUUGUUGGGUUACCACAGACUAGUAACGAAUCGACACGUACAAUUGUGCAAAAAAUAGCAGACCAUGCUGGCGUUGCGUUGCAGGAGGAUGAGAUUGAGUACGCAAAUCGUGUACAACCGAAACAAUCGGUAUCCGGGCGACCCAAGGCGAUUGUAGUGCGCUUGAAAAGCAGAGAUCUAAAGGACCGUAUAAUCUCUGGUUUGCGUAAAAAGCGAGGUAUACUAACUACUGAUAUUGGAAUGUCAGGAGAUUCGAAAAAAUUCUUCGUAAACGAGCAUUUGACCCCAGACAACAAGUACCUUUUAAAGAAAGCUAAGGAACGCGCUAAUUCGAAGGGUUUUAAAUUUGUGUGGGUUCGUAACUGUUGCAUUUUUUUACGUCGAAACGAAGAAUCCCCUGUUAUUACCAUAAACUUAGAACGGGAUUUGGCAAAGAUUUGUUAA